AUGCGGGUGGCGCUGGCCCAGGCGCUCUUCGUACGGCCAGACCUGCUCCUGCUGGACGAGCCGACGAAUCACCUGGACGUGCACGCUGUGACGUGGCUGGAGGAGUUCUUGAAGGACUGGGAGAGGACUGUUGUCAUCGUCUCCCACGACCGGUCGUUCCUCAACGAGACGACCACGGCCACGAUCUUCUGCAGAAGAAAGAGGCUGCUGUAUUACGGGGGCAACUACGACACCUUCUUGCGCGUGCGCGCCGAGAAUAUGGCGAACCAAGAGGCGAUGGCGCAGCAGCAGGGACGGAAGGUGGCGCACUUGAAGCAGUUCAUCGCGAGAUUUGGGCAUGGCCACAAAAAGAUGGCCAAGCAGGCCCAGGCCAGGAUGAAGAUGCUCACGAAGAUCCAGUCGGAGGCGGUCGACGUAGACUUCGACGACCCCUACCUGCAGCUGGACUUCCCGGCUGCGAGCACCCUGGCCCCGCCUUGCAUAUCCGUCAUCGAUGCGGCUUUCGGCUACACGGAGGGCAGGAUCCUGUACAAGGACGACCUCCACUUCGGCGUAGACUGCGACUCUCGCAUCGCUGUCGUGGGCCCCAAUGGAGCAGGCAAGUCCACCUUCCUGAAGCUCUUGGACGGCUCCCUGGAGCCCGUCGAGGGCUUCGUCAGGCGCCACGCCAAGCUGCAGCUCGCGAGGUUCACCCAGCAUCACAUAGAGAUGAUGGAUCCGGAGGAGGACGCCGUGGUCCACAUGCGGAGGCUCGGCAAGGGCGGCAUCAAGGAGGAUGGCACGAGCGAGGUUACAGUGGAGGAGGCGAGGAAGUACCUCGGCAAGUUUGGGCUGCAGGGCGACCUGGCGCUGAACCCUAUCAAGAGAACUUGA